AUGGAAGAAAGUAAAAUAAACUUGUUAGAUGAAGAUGCUAAAGCUUCUCUAGACAUAUGGAGAUAUGUCUUUGGUUUUGCAGAUAUAGCAGCUGCAAAGUGUGCAAUUGACCUUAAGAUACCCGAAGCCAUUGAAAACCAUCCUUCGUCACAGCCCGUGACACUAGCCGAGCUCUCCUCCGCCGUCUCCGCCUCUCCGUCACAUCUCCGCCGUGUAAUGAGGUUUCUUGUACACCAAGGAAUCUUCAAAGAAGUCCCUACAAAAGAUGGUCUAGCCACAGGUUACACUAACACACCACUCUCUCGCCUUAUGAUGAUCACAAAACGUGACGGUAAGUCUAUGGCUCCUUUUGUUCUCUUCGAAACGAGCCCUGAGAUGCUAGCUCCGUGGCUGAGACUGAGCUCAGUCGUUGCCUCGCCGGUCAAUGGUUUAAGUCCACCACCGUUCGACGCGGUGCAUGGUAAGGACGUGUGGUCGUUCGCGCAGGAUAAUCCAUGCCUUAGCGAGAUGAUCAACGAGGCCAUGGCUUGUGAAGCAAGGCGAGUGGUGCCACGUGUCGCUGGAGCUUGUCAAGGCUUGUUUGAUGGCGUGGCUACGGUGGUUGACGUAGGAGGUGGUACCGGAGAGACGAUGGGGAUAUUGGUUAAGGAGUUUCCUUGGAUUAAAGGAAUUAACUUUGAUCUUCCUCAUGUUGUUGAAGUUGCUCAAGUUUUCGAUGGUGUUGAGAAUGUUAAAGGCGAUAUGUUUGAUUCUAUUCCUGCGUGCGACGCCGUUUUCAUCAAGUGGGUGUUACAUGAUUGGGGAGACAAAGAAUGCAUAAAAAUAUUGAAGAAUUGCAAAGAAGCGGUCCCACCAAAUAUUGGAAAAGUGUUGAUAGUGGAAUCUGUGAUAAGAGACAAGAAGAAGACGAUGAUAGUGGAAGAAAGAGAUGAGAAAUUAGAACACGUGAGAUUGAUGCUUGAUAUGGUGAUGAUGGCUCAUACAAGCACAGGCAAAGAAAGGACUUUGAAAGAGUGGGACUUUGUUCUUAACGAAGCUGGUUUUGCUCGAUAUGAAGUUAGAGACAUUGAUGAUGUUCAGUGUGUUAUCAUCGCGUAUCCUAAUUAA